GAGCACAAGCAAAGGUGUGGCUUUGGUUGUUCAUUACCAGGAAUACAGGAAAAGUCACCACAGAGAAGAGAGAAGGAGAGAAGCAAGGGAUCAUAUUUGAAAGACAAGGGACAGAGCAGUAGGACUCAGAGAUGCAGAAUAGGUCUCAUGUAAACUACGGGUUUCAGCAUGAGGACGAUCGGCCUCCUCCAUACGCGCCCAGCUAUCACCCGGGGGUGUAUCCCACCGUCCCACAGUACCCUACCACCCAGCCCACACCGAUUAACACACACAACACUAUCACAGCCGGCCAGCCCCACCCCACCACGGCCCACAAAGCCAGGAAAAGUCGAUGCCCCUGCAUAAUGGCCACGGUCAUAUUCAUCUUAGUUGUCCUGGGAGUAGCAGCUGUGCUGAUCUGGUACUUCUUGUCCAAGACGUGCGCUCUGGGUCAGAGGUGCGGGGACGAUGGGGCAUGCAUCAGCUCUUCACAGUGGUGUGAUGGAAAGAUAGAUUGUUCAUCAGGAGAGGACGAGGCUCACUGCUUUCGUUUGUAUGGACCAAAUUUCCAGCUGCAGAGUUUCUCUACACAAGACCAAAAAUGGAAGCCGGUGUGUUCGUACAGAUGGGACAACAGCAUUGGGAGGACAACCUGCAUGGCGAUCGGAUACAGCAGGACGGACUAUGUUGGCUUUGGUCAGACGAGUCCAGGCUCUGGGUCCUCAGACGGCUACAUGAUGUUGAAUUCUGACUACUCUAAUGAAGAGUUUGCACACAGUUCUCUCACUGAGAGUUCAUACUGCCCGACUAAGGCAGCAGUAACGCUGAAGUGUAUAGACUGUGGCAAAUCUACUGCUCAGACGCGGAUAGUUGGAGGGGAACAAGUGGCCAGCCAGACUCGUUGGCCUUGGCAGGUUAGCCUGCACAGUUCCGGGCGCCACCUGUGCGGAGGAUCCAUCAUCACCCCGUCAUGGAUCGUCUCGGCUGCACACUGCUUUCAAACAUUGUCUCAGCCAGCUCAGUGGACCGUGUAUGCAGGGUAUCUCACUCAGACACAGAUGCGGCCCACCAGCGGCAACUCGGUCAGCAGGAUCAUCUCCCACCCUGGGUUUGAUUCUAGAACAAAUGAUAACGAUAUUGCUCUGAUGAAGCUGGCAGCGCCACUCAGUUUGUCAUCGAGUAUUGGACCAGUGUGCUUACCCAAUGCUGGAGUCAGCUUUUCUGCACCACAAGAAUGUUUCAUUACUGGAUGGGGAGCGACUUUCAGCCAAGGUUCUCCCUCAACUACGUUACAAGAGGCCAGGGUCUCGCUGAUCGACAGGUCCAUCUGCAACAGCCGGCAGGUCUACAAUGGACAAAUCACCAACACCAUGAUCUGUGCAGGCAAGCUGGAGGGUGGAGUGGAUUCCUGCCAGGGAGACAGUGGGGGUCCUCUGGUCACUCAGGACAGUUCGCUGUGGUGGCUUAUUGGAGAUACUAGCUGGGGCGAAGGCUGUGCUGUGAGAAACAGGCCGGGCGUUUACGGAAACGUCACCUUCUUCCUUCAAUGGAUUUAUGAGCAAAUGCAGAAAUACUAACUUAACUGGACGUCGGGUGGAAGAGGUCGGCCUCAGGAACCCUCAUAUCAGAACAAGCCGAAGGCACUGAAGAAAAGCUCGAUGUCCAUAUUAACAUGAUGUGAAUUGCCAGUAUUGCCAACCAGUUUUAUAUCCAUUAUAUCCUUUACUAUUAAUUCACUACACUGUCCAAAUGUUUGUAGGCACCAGCUCUUCCAGUGCUUCUUCUGAAAUCAAGGGCAUUAAUAGGGAGUUUGUCCUCCUUUAAUGCAGUAACAGACUCUACUCUUCUGGGAAGGCUUUACACUAGAUGUUGGGACAUUGCUGUGAGGAUUUGAUUGCAUUCAAUCACAAGAGCAUUAGUGAGAUCAGCUCCUGAUUUUUAGAUGAUCAGUUCUGGAUCUCCAGCUCAUCCCAGUUCAACUGCUCAACGCAGUUCCACUGAUCUGCAGCCCAAAGCUGGGGGGCUUUAUACCCCUCCAGCUGACGCCUGACAUUGGUUAUGGUGACCUUAGGAUCAUAUGCAGCUGCUCCGGAGCGUCCCAUGCCAUUGGUCAGUGCAGAUUACACAAGCAGUGCAACUGAAUGCCUGUGUCAGCAAUAGGUGACCUUAAACGUAGCUGCAUUAACUCAUUAAUCUGACUUUCUAGAUACUUUUGGACAUUUAGUGUAUAUGCAGACAUGCAAAAGUAUUGGCAACCCUGAUCAAAUGACGCUUUGUUGAUUUUCUAAGUGAAAAUAAGUUAACACAUCUUCUAAAGACAAGACACAGUUACUGUUUAUUUAGUGAAUUUAACAUACUGGGGGAAAAACAUACAAUGUAGCCUGUGCAAAAGUUAUGGCUCGCUUGAUAUUUUAUCUUUUAUGUAUUUCCCAAUAUGUAAUUUAACUUGCACACAUUUCACGAUUGAUUUUUUUUUACUCAUUGUUCAUAGUCCACCAUAUCACAGGACAUGCAAAUCGCUGUGUUUCGUUCCAGCUCGUUUGCUUUCCUCGCCUUUCUCACUGUUCAAAUUUACCCAAGCCUUAUUUGCACAUCCUUCUUUUCCCUAAAUGCCACAUCAGAGCACGGAAAGGGUGUGAGCGGCAUUUGAAAAGGCUUAUGAGAAACUAACCGGCCUAAUUGUUCUUUGUGCAGCUCCUAGUUUCACUCCAUAUAGGCAGCACAUAGAGAUAAGAGAUUAUAGCAAGUGAUGUGUGCAUAUUUAAUAACCUUUAUUAACACAAGAGGAAUCACUCCAUAACAUACACACCCUUAUUUGGGUGUCUGUACUAUUUUAAACAAAUUUUAUGUUCUUUUUUAUAAGUCAUGAAUCUUGAAUAUUUAUUUCCUUGUUUCCUUUGUUUCCAAUUUUGUUCGUUCAUCACAUUGUGUUUCUCCUUCUUUUGUGAAAAGUGUUGAUUAUAAUGAUUCGUGUAUAAUAUGUCUUGUUGUUCUUGUUUUUUUUUUACAAUUAAUUUUAAAGAAUCCAGACAUUCUGGAAAAACCAGCCUGCAAACAUGUGACAUGUCUUUUCAAGUGAAGGUGAUUCACACCAUAUACCUCAUAAUUAGUGUCUUGCUGAAUAAAUGAAGUACAAGAUUUCGUAUUAGA